AUGAGGACGACGGUGCUCUUUGCUACUUGUGCCAUCGUUGUACAAGCAGGCACAUUCUGGAGCCCACAGAGGCAAGACCUGUAUCGUCCAGAAGGAGAGAUACAGCGGCGACUGCGACCACCGAAAGCUGACGCAUUCCGUCAUGAGCUGAACCAAGAGCCCGAGCCAAACUUUCCUCGUCGACCUGGCCACCCGCCAACUGGUUUCAUCGCGCUAGGGGACUCGUACUCGGCGGGCAUAGGCACUGGCUUCAACGGGACUGAAGAUGCCUGCAGACGUGGGCUUCACGCGCACUCGAUGCUGAUCCACGAGGACCUGGUCCGCAGCGAGGGUGAGAACAAGACCUCCUUCGAGUUCCUGUCAUGCACCGGGUCGACCAUCGCAGACCUUCUUCGCGACGGUGAGGCAGGUCAGAUUGGAGAGUUCAACACGACGACAAGUGCGGACUUUGCGCUGCUGUCCAUCGGUGGCAAUGAUCUAGGCUUCUUUGAUAUAAUGAACAGCUGCAUCUUCAGGUUCUACAGCUUCUACUCCGGCACCUGCGAGGAGGCGCUGGCGCGAUCCGACGAGCGCAUUGUCAGCCGCGACUUUGAACUUGAACUACAGCUCGCCAUCACCGAGAUUCUGGACCGGGUGCAUUGGGAGAGGCGUCCCUGGUUCACAAUCACAGUUACCGGGUACGCGCGGUUCUUCAACGAGGACACGGCCGAGUGUGACGACCACUCGCUCGGCGUGUGGUGGCGUGGCCCCAAGUUGAAGCGUGCGCUCCGUCGGAGGAUGAACCAGAUGGUCCUGCGUGUCAACGACAAUAUCCGACAAUCUGUGGACGCCGUCAAUGCGGCCUUUGCCGAGACCAAGGUCCUAUUUGUGGACUAUGAUCACGCAUUUGAAGGGCAUCGGUUCUGCGAGCCCGAUGUGAUCGAGCCCGACUACAGUCGAACCGAGACUUGGUUCUUCUUGGUUGGGGGUAAAGACAAUGCUGAGGGGCAACAUGCAACACCCAUCGACUUGGCGCUGUCUUCUCCUGAAGCUGGUCUCGCUGAGCUUCCUACCCCCUGGGCCAGUACAAGACCAUGCUCACGGGCAGCAAGAGUGUUGGUAAAGGGGCAAAGCGAUGGUCUGUGUCGGAAGACAGUGGACGCAGACCACGGUGCACACCCUGAAGACAUGCGUUAUGUGCCCACGUCUUACGGGCAGACAUUUCACCCCAGAACCAAGGGUCACGAGGCCAUCCGAGAUGAGAUUUAUAGACAGUGGAGAGGAGCAUUCGGUGGGAGGUGA